AUGAGUACCAAGAGAAAGCGCCUCAGUGAGACAGUGGAGAAUUCUCCUCCCGUUGGAACCCCCGCUUUAAAAAAGAGGAAAGGCCGAUUCUCCAAUGUUGAAAAGUUGAAAAUCAUGGAAGAACUAAAAAAAGCUCAAGGUGUUUACAAUGUCCUUCGUCAACAUCGUGGCGAGGAAAAUCGGGAGAUAACUGAACAUUUCAUUCGAACCCCUUCUCGCAGGACAGAGCCUGAGUACUAUAAAACCGUUAAGUCGCCAAUUGAUCUCACCCGGAUUCAACAAAAGCUUAAAACUGAGGAAUAUCAUUCAUUCGACCAGUUCUGUAAAGAUGUUGAGCUUCUAGUUGAAAAUACGCAAGCAUAUUACAAAGAAGACAGUGUUGAAUAUCAAGACGCUCUCAAACUCAUGAACAUCUACAAAGACGCAAAAGAGAAAGUUGAGAAUGGUAUUCCUCUGCUUACGGACGAAAGGGAUACUGAUGACUUAGAAAGUAACGCUGGUUCUAGCCUGGAAGCUCGUUCUAUCUCUUCUCGUGGAGGUGCUGGAACAUCUCGAGAAGUAACCGCUUCGCCUGAAACAUUGGAAGCCAUUGUGAUAGAUGAUAUUAUUUGUGGAAUGUUAGAAUGUACGGAUGGAGCAGGAAAGCCGAUUUCCAUGCCUUUCAGAGUUCUUCAAGAUAAAGAAACAUUUCCUAAUUACUACGACAAAAUAAAAAGUCCGAUCGAUUUGAAAGCCAUAGCGAACAAGGCUAGGAGUGGCGAAUACAAAGUGUUAGGUGAUCUAGAGAAUGAUGUUAGGUUACUUUGUAAAAAUGCUCAGCAGUUUUAUGGUAAAGGAAGUGAAAUAUACAAAGAUGCCGCAAUUCUGUUGGAAUAUUUCAAAGAAAAAAGUUCCCAAGUUCUUGAGAAAGGUGUUCAUGUCAAAAGAAGGGAGAAGGUUGUGAGAGUUGUAGACUCUCUGUUAACGGAAAGUGCACCCGUCAUUAUCGAUAACACUCUGGAAGAUGCUGAAGAGGAUGAAUCCAGUGAAGAGAGCUCGGAUCCUAAAUGGCAGCUUUAUUGGCAUCUACGUAAUGAACCCGAUCUGACAGAAGAAGGAGUAUGCUUAUGUGAUCCGUUUUUGGAAUUGCCAAGCAAGAAAGAUUAUCCCGACUAUUACGAUGAUAUUAAAAAUCCAAUGUCUUUCUUCAUGAUUAACAAGAAAUUGAAGUGUGGAGAUUAUAAGACAUUAUUCGAUCUUUUCAAGGAUUUUGUUCAGGUUUUCGAAAACGCUUGUGAAUAUAAUAUUGAAGAGUCGGAGUAUUAUACAUCUGCUAGAAAACUAGAAGAGAUGGCUGUUAACAAGAUGCGCGAAUUGGAGCCUGGAGUUGAUCUUUCGAUGUUUGAGAAAAAAGUUGUCAAGAGAGGGCGUCCACCACGAGCACCCAAAGUGAAAGCUGAUGUGGAAAGCAGUGAUGAGGAAUCUAAAAACACUCCUGCAAUCAAGAGGAAACCAAGAUCUCCUAAGAAGAACAGUGAGACUCCUGCAUCAAAACCCGGAAGAAAAAGCAUUGAUGAACUGAUCUUGCGGUACAAAACACAUUUGUUAUCCUUAUGGUCUGUCGUGUACGACUUCAAGGAUCCCAAUGAGUAUUGGCCUGCUGGAGCUUUUAAUCAUCUUCCAUCAAAGCGUACUUAUGCAGAUUACUACGACGUUAUCAAGAACCCAGUGGAUUUGUCUAUGAUCAAGGAUCGCAUUGAAAAUAAUAAGUAUGUGACUACUGCUCAUUUCAUGAGUGAGAUGAAAACCAUGUUCGAGAAUGCUAGGUCCUAUAACGAGCCUGGUUCUGAAGUUUUCAACGACUCUCAGCGGCUAGAACAAAUGCUUCAUGCUUAUUAUGUAAAGAUUAAAGAGCCAGUCAUAGAAAAUCCUUUGCAUAGAGCCAAAGGAAGAACACCCAAGUCCGAGAAACGCAUGGAUGAUUUCAUGAAACUAGAUGACGGAAGAAGAACAUCGGGACAUCAUUCUGAUUUUGCUUAUGAUGAUAACGUGCCCAAAGUUCAAGUUGAACUGCGCAGUCUGUUCCUGGGUAUUUUCAACAAAGUGUUCACUGCGAAGGAUGUCGAUGGCCGAACUCUUAGCGAGUCGUUCGCUGAUUUGCCUGAUUUGUUGAAAUGCAAAGGAGUUCCUUCUGAUGAAUGGCCGUUUUCUUUUGAUCAAUUGAGAAGAAACAUCGAAAAAUGCCGCUAUCGACGCCUGGAUAGACUUCAAAAAGAUUUCUUCGAUCUGUUUGAGAAAACGCGUGAGCAUUCCCGAUUAGGAUCGCAAUUGUUUGAGGAUGCAAUCGAGCUCCAGUUGAUGUUUGUUCGUGAACGAGAUGCUCUAUGCAAGAACAGUUUGAUAUCAAACGCUUUUGCUGUAAUUGAGAGUCAUGUCGUGGAAGAAAUUGAGAAACUAAGAAAGAAGCGGGUUCAAGCAGGAGAGACAAUCGAGAAAGACCGGAGGGAAAGUGUUGAUGAAAUCGCUAACCAGGAAGGCGAGAUUGAUCUUCCGUCUAUCACAAUCAACGAUGUUGAAUAUUCUGCUCCUUGUUAUGCUUACAUAAGUAGAACUGAAGAGAACAGCAAAGGUCUCCCUCAUAUUAUGCGGAUAGAAAGAAUUUUCAGUAAUGAGAGUGGCGAACAAAUGCUUAGAGGUGUGUGGGUCUAUCGUCCUUCAGAAACCAUACACUUAUCGAAUCGUCGCUUCUAUGAGAACGAAGUUUUUAUUACUCCUUUCCAAGACAUGGCAACAGCCGAUCGCUUGGUUGGAAAAUGCAUGGUUGUUUUCUUCAAAACAUAUCUGAGCCAUUCCAUCGGAGGCUACGAUGAGAAAGACGUUUAUGUUUGUGAAUCGAAGUAUUUUGGUAAGCCAAGAUAUUUCCAGAAGUUGAAGAGCUGGGCAUACGAAAACGAUGCCGAGUUGAGCUCAUUUACCGCUCGCGAAACUCCUAUUGAGCCUCCUGCUAGAAUUUGCAGUCAGUUUGUGAAAUCUGAGCCAGAAGAUAAUCAAUCUAAUAUUUCAACGUCAAGUACUGAUAAUGAGGAUAGACUCAAAGAUUUCGUUUUUCUCGAUAUUGAUAGACCAGAGGUCCCAGUUAGAAACGGUGAAGCAGAUGCUGACGGCCGACUGCAUUUGAUUCAAAUGCGAUCGAAAUCGGGAAAGCAUUAUGCUUGUGGUGACUUCGUUCUUGUGUUCAAUCCCAAUAAGCCAUACUGUGAUGUAAUGAGAAUUGAUAAGAUGUGGAGAGAUAAAGAUGGAAGUGAAUGGUUCAGCGGCGGAUGGCUUGCUCGGCCACAAGACAUAAAACAUGAGUCUAAUCGGAUGUUCUAUCCCCGUGAAGUUUUUGCCGUUAAUCAACCGGACCAAACUCGACGAGUUGAAGAUAUUCAAAAUAGUUGUGCCGUCUUAGUUACUAAAGAUUUCGUCAAAGAAAGACCAACUGAAAUUCCGGAAUGUGAUGUUUAUGUUUGUGAAUCUAAAGUGAACGGUGCUCCUUUACCUAAGGGCGAAGCAUCCUGUCUAUUUACAUCCAAUCCAUUUGCCACCUCUAAUGAUGAAGAAGAAAAGGUUUCACCUGGAGAACCUUUCCACAUUGAUUUCAUUUCAGCUAUAAGACGGUUCAAGGUAUAUAAAAACGGAUCACGCGUCGUGGAUGCCGAAGUCUACCGGUUCAAAACUCCAAUAACAAUGGAAAAGGAAAUCUCACCACUCCUUAAGAACGACAUUGGUGGAGAUGCUCUGGAUAUUGAUAUGAUCGACGACACAGAAUCUGAUGGUGCUGAGUCUUCUACAAGCAACACCAAGACCGAAGCUCCAACAUGGUUAGCAACUCAACCAAAACUCACUACUAAGAGUAAAUCCGGAUAUAUCCUUUUCUCUGCUGAAGUGAGAAAGCGUAUAAUGCACGAAAAUCCUGAAGCCGGCUUCGGGGAAGUGUCUAAAAUAGUUGGUGUCGAGUGGAAAAAGCUAUCCGAAGAUCAGAAAAAGCAAUACGAAGUUCGUGCUGAGUUUAUAGCUAACGAAAGAACAAAGCAGGAAGCCGCAAAAGCUCUUGUAAAAGAACAGCUUCAGCCUGGCCAAAUUCGUGUCUAUCACUGUAAGUGGCUUCACUGCGAUUUCCAGUUUGAUCAGGAGAACGCAUUGUAUGAGCACGUUAUUCAACACCAUACGAGCCAAAUAAUUGUUGAUGGUGAGAAUCAAUACGUUUGCUUAUGGUACACUUGCGCUAGGAACAGGAAAGAAGGCAAACCGUUCCCUUCAUUACCAAGACUGCAUAGGCAUAUGAAGGAGAAGCACAUGGCUCAAUCCUACAAAAUCAUGAAUAUCAGCCAGUUAGGACGCAAUUUCUAUAAAUUAGUACAAAUUCCUUCCUCCAGUGGAGAUACAUAUCAAUUGGUGCACACUCCACAUGGCCGUACGCUUCCACCAGCAAACCAUAUCUCUGGUCAACCUCCAAUGGUAAAUGGACACACUCCCGGUCAUGCUGGCCCUGAACAUCAAUAUCAGUCUGUACACUCUACUUCACAUCCACCUACUCACUCUCAAACCGUUUAUGUUGCUCAAGGUCCUACUCCUCACUUCCCACAACAGCAUGGCCCUCCUCAGCAAAUGCAGAGUGCUCAAAUUAUCCCGAAUAUUACUGAUCCUGGACGUACUGUUGUAAAAAUGGUUUCUAAUCCUGAACCAGUUUUCGUACAUGCUCCUGCAUCGUUCACAUCUAGAAGAGUUUUACAUUCAGAAACAUAUUUACGUUAUAUCGAAUCACUUGGCGCUCAACGUCAAAAAACUGUUAGUCAGUUCGAUCGUAGUUUGUGCUCGAAUCAUAGAAACACUAGCAAUAAGAAACCAUUACCAGUCCACUGGCUUAGACAGAAAAAUGGAACUGGUAUCGUUUCUGAGGAAGAGGUGGUGAAAGCUCUCUGGAAGAUGCGCGAACAAAUACUGGAGAGUGCUGUAGGCAUAGUGCCUAAUAGAGUCGCCUGA